AUGCGGGAUCGCGUCCAGCUUCCAUCCUUUGUCCGCCGAAAACCGACUCUGCACGCCUUCAAAACGCCCCUCGACGCCAUUCUUUCCUCGGCACAAUCGACCUCCAAGGCACGAUACCUUCUUUCAUUGCCGGAAGAAUUACCCACGCUUCGGCUCAUCUCGUGCCUCUGA